AUACCCCUUCAGAUUCGACGAACUCUGGUUAAAGUGUGACUGGAUUCCACUUGUUUAGGCCCGGUGGCAUAUAAAACAUACGCUAGUCAUCACCUGCAACCAGACUUGCUCUCGCAGCCAUGAGAGUCAUCAAUUUAGGUCCGGACCCGUCGCUGGCAUAUCGGCCAAAUACUGGCAAGGUAAAGAAAGACUACAGGAACUUUGAGAGCGGAAGCCUUACGGAGCGCGUGUUCAACACGUACAAGCUGAUGCACACCAACCAGAGGGUGGACUUUGUAAGGCAAAAGCACUUGAAAUGGAGCAAUUGCAACCACGCCGAGAUGUCAAUGAUGGACGCCAUCAAGUCCCUGGACCAGGUAGUGGACGAGUCCGAUCCGGAUGUGGACUUCCCCAACUCUUUCCAUGCCUUCCAGGUAGCUGAGGGUAUCCGCAAAGAGCACCCUGACAAAGACUGGUUCCAUGUGGUGGGUCUGAUUCAUGAUGUUGGGAAGACCAUGGCUCUGUGGGAUGAACCUCAAUGGGCCGUGGUGGGUGACACGUUCCCUGUAGGCUGCAAGUUUCAAAACUCCAUCGUGUUCCGAGACAGCACCUUCCAGGACAACCCGGAUGAAAUCAAUCCCGAAUACAACUCUAAAUAUGGAAUUUACAAACCAAACUGUGGACUAGACAAAGUCCUCAUCUCCUGGGGACAUGAUGAGUACCUUUACCAAGUGCUUAAGUUCAACAAGAGCCGCAUCCCAGAGGAGGGCUUGUACAUGAUCCGCUAUCAUUCCUUCUACCCGUGGCACUCCCACGACGACUACAUGCACCUGUGUGACGACAGAGACCUGCAGAUGCUCCCCUGGGUGAAAGAGUUCAACAAAUUUGACCUCUACACAAAAGUGGUAGAGCUGCCCGAUGUGGAGAAGCUGCGGCCGUACUACCAAUCACUGAUUGACAAGUACUGUCCCGGAAUACUGAGGUGGUAAACUGGCUCAAGAGUAGCCCUUCACUAAAUCUAUUCUAAUUCAUAGUAUUCGUACAGUACAAUAGAUGUAAAUGUUUUGUACGUAUCGACAAAGGUUGACUUUUUCCAAUCGUUUAUUGUAUUUCGAUGUUAUUUAAAAAGUGUGUUUGACUGCGCAGGGUUAUUUCUGACACAGAAAGGCACAUUUGUGGUUAAGGAGGAAAAGUGUCGUGAUCAUUUUGUUUUGUUUGUAAGUGACAGAAAAAAACAAUCCAUAAAGGGAAAAUAACUUGUAGAAAAAAAAAAAAGGGAGUGGAAAAAGAAGUCUUGCAUGCAGCGUCCUUUCAAAAUAAAAUGCAAUCAACCAGCGUGUUGUUUGAUGAGCAGCGUGUGGACAUGUACACACGUGAGCUGGGUCAGAAAGUACAAAUAUAUACACACACAUACUUCUUUGCUCUAUUAAGUUACAUUUUGGUAACAUCUCUCACUGUUCCUCCUCCUCCUGUUCCUCUUCCUCCUCCACCUCUCCCUCAUUGCUGAUACCCUCUUUCUCAUCAUCUUCCUCCCCCUCAUUCUCAAACUGUUCUUCUUCCUCAUCAUCUUCCUCCACAUCCUCAUCACCCGUCUUUAGUCUAGCUGCCGUUCCCAAAUCCUCCCCAUUGUCGUCAGUCGUACUUGCUUUUGGAUCGCUGGCAUUUGCAGAAAGGUCCGUCGUUGGCCUCUUUGUCAACGCCUGCAGUAGG